CGGACCCCUCUCGCGGGGCCACGACGCCGGCGAGAGCACCGUGGGUUGCCGCGGCGCGACCUGCCCGGGCCGUGCGCGCGGGCCGCCGCGGGCCGGCGCCGCCACGGAGGCCGGCGCAGAGCGCCGCGUGCUGGAGCCUGGCCAGAGCGCCGCGGCCUCCUCGAAGGCGGGCGCUCUGCUGGGCGCCGCGCUGUACGGCGACGGCGUCUCGACGCCCUGCGUGGACGCAAAGGCGUCUCGACGCGUGGUCGCCGACCAUCGCCCACGCGGGGUCGAAGUGCUCGGGGGAGUCUGCGAGCCCGACGGCGACGCGCGAGCGGUACGGCAACGGCAUCGUCAAUCCGUGCCCUUUCGUGGCGCGGCAGGAGUCCGAGGGGUCCACGUGCUGAGCUGCGGCGAGCAGCUGAGGGUCCAACAAUGCCUCCCAGAUGUCCGAGUAGAUGGGGUCGGAGGACCGCCAGCCUCGCCAAGUGCGCACGAAGCAGUCCCGUCGAGUGUCCAGCUAGGCCUCCAGCGCGUGCGCGUCGCUCCCGCAGUGCUGGCGCCGAUGCCGCACUUUUUAUUUACGGCCUUGAGGCAGUCUUUUUCGCAAACAGUGCCAGCUCUUGGGGUGGUCAUCGCUCCGGCUCGGGUAUCACAGUCGGACCGAAGACGAUGAGGGCGACCUCCGCAUGCCCGAGCUCGCCCGAUCCGUGGCACCAGGCAGGCCGCACACGCGCACGUGCGCAGCGCGCGCCGAGAGCGUGCGCUCUACAACAACGAAGCCUCCUCUGCCCUGCCUUGGCCCUCGCGACGGGAUACACUCUUGGCGGCCACUGUGGAGAGUCCGCGGCCAGAGCUCCGGUGGCUGUGUCCAACAGGGGAGGCGGACGCUUGAGAGAGGUGGGCCGACGCCGGCUCAGCUUGUGAAGCCGAUUGCGCUUCUGACUUCGAAGCAGGCUCGAGGCUCUGCUUGGCCGCCAGCGAUGAUCGCAAUCUUAUUCACGGCCGAAGUGGAUUCCGCAAGGUAUGUUCGGCACCACGCGCUUUUUUGCUAGAACCCCUCGGGGACAUCUGUCGCGAGGCAGCGGCGUGCACAGCACGUUAGGCCCGUUAUAUUCUAGCGCUUGUCGUGUUAACGACCUGAGCUGGCGGGUCUCGGGGCCGCGGUCACACGUGACACCCCAAAGCUGAAUGUGGCUGCUGGUGCCACCCUUUGUCGACCUCGUCAGGAUGUGGCUGUACGUGAGUUCAUUCGCUGAGGUCUGUAGGUUAUGUGUGCCGAUGAGGACAUUGUGACUAGUGAUAUGUACCAACCCGGAUUACCUUGAAGCAUGAUGGAGGAUUCGAUUUCGAACCACGCUCCCGAAGCCUCGGGACAGGUCGCGUGACGCCCACCCUCCCCCUCGGAAAUCGUGGGGGGCAGGGGUAGGGUUCGCAUGUAAGCCCCUUAUUUGGGUCGUACAACACUGCGCGGCAGUUCGGCAGUACCUCUUCUGCUCCACUGUGGGCAGGUCAGGUUUUUUGACCUCGACGGUUCGGCUUAUGAGCUAGUCGCUGGGCCAGCAGGGCGAACCUGGACAUUCUGUUCGCCUCAUCACAGGAAGUCUGCGAGCGCUUUUUUUCACACUCUGCAGCGACCACCCUGGGCUAUACCAGCGUGCACGGACUACGCGGGGUGGCGACGGCGACCACGGAACCGCCAGCCUUGCGGGGUACCGCGGAGGCUUCGGUAGUCUCUGAAGGGGCGAGAGACGGGAGGGUACCCUG